AAUUCUACGCGGUAUGUGAGUCUACGACGAUUCACAAUUUAUCCCAAGAAUUGAGAACCCAAAAAGAAAAUAAAAUCAAAGAUCGAAAAAAAAUAAACAAUUAAAAAAAAAAUAUUUUUAAUGUUUUGUAACGAGUCAUAAGUGUUGAUGUUGAUGAUGAAACUAUUUCGCUGUGUCCUAUGAAUAUGAAAUUACAUCACAAUUAAUUAAAUUUGCGCAAAAAAAGGCUCUAAAAAUAUAAGUGAGAGGGCAUUUUUUUUAAUGAAUAGAAAAAUCAAAUACAAGGAAGAAAUACGAAAACGUGAUUACCCAAAAUCGUGUGAACAACAGUAAAACGCCAUCGUAUAGUCCAAAGAAUCUGUUAGCUCAGCCACUUUCUUUUUCUCACCAGACAAUAAGCACAGACAAUAAUGUUGACCCGGGUCUUUCGCACAUUUUCCGAAUUCACUCAUAAACAUCAAAUACUACGUGGUAUGAUUUCCUAUGGAAUUCUAUUUCCAUGUGGUUCACUGGCCGAACAAACUCUGGUGGAGAAGAGGAAUUUCAGAACAUAUGAUUGGAAUAAAUGUCUCAAAUUCUGUUUAUUUGGUGUCUGCUUUAAUGGACCCGCUCUCUAUAUGUGGAUGCGUGUGGCAGCCGUCAUGUGGCCACGCACAGACAUCAAAUCAUCGAUGUGCAAGGCCCUCACAGAAUUGGUGGCAUAUGAUCCCAUCGCAAUUGGUACAUUUCUAUUUACCAUGAGCCGCAUGGAGGGCAGAUCAACAGAGGAAUCCCGACAAGAGGUUUACUCAAAGUUCCUGGAUGCCUAUAAGGUGGGAGCCAUCUACUGGCCUUGUGUACAAACUGUGAACUUUGCAUUUGUGCCACUCAAAAAUCAGGUGGUCUAUACAUCGUUCUUCAGCAUGUUGUGGACAACGUUCUUGGCCUAUAUAAAACAAAUGGAUAUACCAAAUGUCGAUGUCGAUCAUCAUAUGGAAUUCCAUAUGGAUAUACAUAUUUUGGAUUUCCAUAUACAUUUCUAAGAAAACAAAAAAAAAACGAGCGAAAUAAAAUAAAAUGACAAAAUAAAGUAAAAAAAAAAACAAAGGGAAAUUUUACUCAAAUAGGUUAAGUGUGAAUAGU